AACAUACAUGUACAACACUACAAUUUUAGGGUUAGAAUGCGGUGUAAUUCCUACGGCUGCUCUCCUUAAUUUUAUUUGUUCAUCAGCAACACGCCGCUUCUCCAUUCAUCCUUCUUGUUUCUUUUGUUAUUUCCUCAACCACACUAAUCCUUAAUACCAAUCUCUUUUCGCCGCCUUUGCUGCCGUCGUUGAAUGGAGUUGCAAUCUCCCAACGGACAUGAGGAUUCCCUUGUCUGCAAUUAGAGGAUCGCGCUCUCUGCCGGCCACCGUCGAAUGGAGCAGCAUUUUCCAACAAACCUGAGUCCUUUGCUGCAAAUAGAAAAGGUGCCCUUCAGCUCCUCCGUGCUCUCUGCAACAAUAGUAGUUGUGUUUGUGAAACAAGUUUGUUUAGAUGGACUGGACGAAGGUGUGGGGCUGUGUUAAGGACCACUCUAGGUGCAUCAGACCACUAUUUCGUAUAGUGAGGGAUCAGAAAGUAAUUCUAUCUGUUGGAAAGAGGUUCUAUUCUUCACAGGAACAAGGACGAUAUCCUUUGGAAAGAAAGACAUCAUGGAUGUGCAAGCUGCCAUGUGUUCUAGUGGACACUGUGUUUGUGAGUAAAAAUACAUCACUGCGGUGCGUGCAUAGCAUGAAAAAUGAUCCGGACUUGAGUAGGGACUUUUUUGUACAACUCUGGCUUGCUGAUAAAAAGGAGACAGGGCCUACUGCCAAACGAAGGCAUAAAGUUCUUAAAUUCGAUAACAGUGGUGAAACAGUAAUUGAUGGCCGAACUAUUCCGGGACUUAUUCAAAGAAUGCUUUCUGGUGCUUUAGAUGAGAAGUCUUAUGGCAAGAAAAAGUCAGGUCUUAAGCAACCACCUACCAGCCAAUCCAUCACUGGUACAUUAGAACCAAUGUCUUUGGAAGAGUCCAAGGUUGCACCUCUUCUUGCAAGAUCCAAUCUACUGAUUACCAGGGAUAUCGAAUGGGCCAACUUGGUUCUUGGUUUUGAGCAGGAAAACCGAUAUGCAAUGGUUGAUGUCUGCUACCCUCAAGCACCUGUAGGUUUCAUACGCGAGCAGAGCAACGUGAUUGCGAGACAGUUGCUUCGCUUAAGACGCCCUUUCAUCGCACAGAUUACUGAUGGAUCUGGCAAUGAGCUCUUUAGGGUUCGAAGGCCCUUUUGGUGGAUCACCAGUUCCAUUUAUGCAGAGAUAAAUGGAAAAGAAAUUGGUGUUGUUCACAGAAGAUGGCAUCUCUGGAGGAGAAUUUAUGACUUGUACUUGGGGAAUAAGCAAUUUGCAGUUGUUGAGAACCCAGGCUUGUGGAACUGGACUUUCACUUUGAAGGACAUUGAUGGAAAUGUAUUGGCUGAGAUAGACCGUGACUGGAGGGGUUUCGGAUUUGAGAUUUUUACAGAUGCUGGUCAGUAUGUGAUUCGAUUUGGGAGCUCCAAUUCUGGUGUUGCGCCUGCAGCAGAGGUGCAAGAGUUAAAUGUAGCUCGUUCCUUGACUCUGUCUGAGAGAGCAGUAGCUGUUGCCCUAGCUGUUUCACUUGAUAAUGACUACUUCUCCAGACAUGGAGGCUGGGGCUUUCCCUUUAUGGUGGUCGAUGAUUGAGAGUUGGCUGGCAAGAGGAGGGCUGAACGCGGUCAGAUUUGAAACUCAGCCUUUCCUCACAUUCGUUAAAGAUAUUCUUUUUUUGUUUUUUCACUGCCAAUGAGCGGCUAUGGGAAAGUGAAUUAGAGGCUUGUCGCAAAAUCUUAAGUUAAUCGAGCUUGAACCUCAACUGAAUGCUUUAUGUGCUUUCCAUUCACUCUUUUGGUAGCAGCGAAAAGUUAUCAUGGCCAUCAUCAUAUGUGUCCUGUCGUGUCAAAUUCUUGUAUAAUCACAGGAUUAAUUACCUAUGUUUGCAUCUUGCUAUUUUGGUGGUUGUGUAGCCGAUUCGAAGCUACUUAACAUUUUAUUUGUACAUGUGUGCUAAACCUAGCACAAGUUUUUCACAUGUAGGUAAAAAUUUCUACCCAAA